UUUUAUGAGAAUGUUUUCAAAAUGUUAUUCAAUGAGAGAUAAUUUCAAAGACAUGCAAACGGAAUGAUUGGAUGUUAUUAUAAGAUUAUAUUUCAUCAAUAGUUUAGGUAAGCCUUCAAACGUCAAAAUUCCCAACUUUUCACUCGUAAUACUCGCGAAACCAAUGAAUACUUCGGUAUAUAAUAAACCGAUAAAUGAUUUAUUAGUGCGAAAGCAAACGACAGAAGGAAAUACAAGAAUUGAAUCAACGAUUUAAAGGCCGAACUUGACAUCCUUUGCCAAAAUGCUCAUCCAUUCGCUCCCUAUCUUCACAUUCAGUACACGUUAUUGGGAUAGAGAGGGAGAGAUCCAAAGGGAGGGAUAGGUGUGAAUGUAUUGAGACAUUCGGCAGUUAUUUAAUCAUUGCAUUUAAAAAUAUGAUUUGAGAGCAAAUUCUGAUUGAAUUCAAGGCUGACGAGAGCUGAAGGCGAUAUCGGAUGGGAUGAUGGGAUGGGUGUUGUACCUCAACGAAGAGAGUAUAGUUAAUACUCUCUAAAUGGACAUCACUAUAGGCUGCGAAGGAAUUGUCUGUCCUUCACCACACAAUUGUAUAAAAGACAGCAUUUAGUCGUCUAUUCAAUUACUACAACCUUUUGCUCAUUUCUAUUCACAUAUUUGUUUGCAAAGCAAAUCUUAACGCAAAUCUUUCAAACAUGAAAGCAGUCGCACUCAUCGUUUUUGGAUUAAUCGCUUGCGCGAGCGCUGGUAUCCUCAGCCCAUAUGUGGGAUAUUCCGGCUAUUACGCGGCGCCGACAGUCGUGUCCCGCACUUACACCUCACACCCGGUUGUGUCGCGCGCUUACGCCGCUCCGUACGUGUCGUCCUAUGUCUCGCCGUAUGUCUCGUCGUAUGCCUCGCCGUACGUGUCAUCGUAUGUGUCGUCACCGUAUGUCAGAAGCUAUGUGUCGGCGCCAUACGUGGCCGCACCCGUCGCUUAUAGCUCGGGCUAUUCCUACUCGCCGUACUCCGCCUAUAAUUAUCUCCUCAAGAAAUAAAUGACCACAAAAUGAAUGUUAACUUUGAUUCUCGACACCAUAUUUGACUCUUUUAUUGAUAAGCUUUAGGCUUUCAAUUUGAAAA